AAGUGAUGGGCGGGGCCGCGCUUGCCGUUGCGCCGGUGGGAGCGAGGCGACGGCCACGACGACGGGCCCGAGGAUGUGGUUCAUGUACGCGCUGAGCUGGCUGGCGCUGCUCAUCCAGGCCGCCUUCGUCACCCUCGGCAUCGCGGCUGGAUUGUACUACUUGGCAGAGUUGAUAGAAGAGUACACCGUCGCGACGAGCAGGAUCAUUAAGUAUAUGAUAUGGUUCUCCACAGCGGUGCUGAUUGGGCUGUACCUCUUUGAGAACUUCCCCGGCCUCGUGGUUGGUGUGGGCCUCUUCACCAACCUCGUCUAUUUUGGACUGCUGCAGACCUUCCCGUUUAUCAUGCUCACCUCUCCAAACUUCAUCCUCUCCUGCGUCCUGGUCGUGUUGAAUCACUACUUGGCGUUCCAGUAUUUUGCAGAAGAGUAUUACCCGUUCUCAGAGGUCCUUGCCUACUUCACCUUCUGCCUGUGGCUCAUCCCCUUUGCCUUCUUUGUUUCCUUGUCAGCCGGGGAGAACGUGCUUCCUUCCACAGUGCAGACAGGAGAUGACGUAGUAUCCAACUACUUCACGAAAGGCAAGCGGGGAAAACGCUCCGGCAUCCUCCUCAUCUUCUCGUUCAUUAAGGAAGCCAUCCUGCCGAGCCGCCAGAAAAUCUAUUGAUGCCGUCGCCUCCCCUAAACGCCUUCUGUUCAUGCCUGGACCCUUUUAUCCAGAUGGAACUUGAGGUCCCUGUGCCAAGGCGGUCACCUCUCAUUCCUGUGUUUGGAAUGACUCGUUCAUGACGCAGGGACAGGCGAACGCCACCGGCAGCAGCCCAAAACUCUGGUGGGUGGCCGCUGGGAAUGCCCUGUUUUGCACAGCUGGCUUCAGGUGGUGACCGUGGUCACAGCAGGGGAGAGCCUUAUAAAACGUUGGCUCUUUCCUCUGCAGUCUUUGAGCUGUCAUCUUUCGUACCGAAAGCCAAAAUCCUUCCUCGACAAGGUGCAUCAGCCACAGACUGACUGACCUUUUUCCUUAUCAUGACGGUCUUCCAUGGUUUCGCCCGUGGGUUUUUCCAGGCUUCGGAUCAGUGCACACAAAAGUAACCCUCACCAGCAUGGUUCCCAAGCACUGCUUCGUAAGCCGUCGUCCACAGACUUCCAUAUACAAUUCUUGUAAUAAAUGCAUCUCUGAUGUUGUGACAGAGAGGUGGGCAGAGAUCUUGGCUUCUGCAUUUCUUCGAUGUGACCUUUUUGGAGACCAAAUGGUGGUCGGCAUUUACGAAAAGGAAUCCCAGCCUUCUAGACAAGGAACUGUGGGCUGUCUCUUCUCUGUCGUCGUUGUUGUUGGAGACAUUCAGAGGCCUUCGCAGCUGCUUUUUGGGAUGUCCAAAGAACAUUUACGCAGGACUUCCUUGAUCUGCACUGCCCAGCAUUUGAGUUAAACAAAGCUAUUGAAAAGUCCUGUUCAAAAACAAAGGUAGCUGGCACAUCCUACCCUUGGCAAGGUUUAAUGCCCGCGGAACCCAUAUCACUGACUGGAAAAUAAGCAGCGUGCGCAUCUGGAGACAUUGGGGGAGGGGGGGUGUUAAAUGGCUUUUUGUAAAGACGUGAAGACAGCUGCCAUUUUGUUUCCAGCAUCAAAUCGGCUUCCUGUGGCACCAGAGUCCCUCCAUCCCGUUGUGUUCUGGAAAGAUGUAUGAAGAUCCCUUCUGUCAGGUGGGGAACGGAGCCACUGGAGCACCUGAAAGGCAGGUGGCCAGGCAACACUGCGAGCCAGAUUUUUGUUCUCUUAAAUUAAUGGAAGUUUGAGUUCACUUUGAGCACAAGAUCUUCGUGUUAAUAAAGGUGUGAGAUGAAAUUUGUUUUAAAA